AUGAAAAUAACGAUUACGCCACGCCACAAGGAACCAGACACGGAAUUUUACCACUCCCAGCGGGUGUCUGCAGGGCUCCAACUUAGAAGCAAGCAACCUCCAGCAACGUCAGCUUCAACUCAGCCACUUGCGUGUCAGCUACCCAUGGCCCAACUGUCCAGCCGCAUUAGACUGGAUCACCAUGCGUUGACUGUGACCAUUGAGUGA